GUGGCUUGACUUAUACUCUUUUUUCUUCCCCGACGACUCCCUACUGAGAAAACCCUAACAUCCCCUUUGUUUCCAAUAGACGACUGUUACUGGUGCGUAUCAGAAUUAUUUUAAGGUUUAAGAUCUCUCUCCCUGGGGACAAAAAAGCCCUCAUUUGUCCUCUACCUCUCCCCGAUGACUAGCCACGGGAGUUCCAUGGAUUCGCUCAGAAUUAUCAUCACCGUUAGUAAUAGAGGCGGGUUUAAAGCCGUUUCUGAGAAUGCUGCAUGGGAUAAAGUUGGUCAGGAGUCUGGAUUAGGGCUUGGUGCGAAAUUGAUCUAUGUCAAGUAUCUCGCCGCACUUGCUCGAUGGUUGAACACUGAUUCUAGCCCGAGGUUGCCUGGAACCUCAAAGGAUCUGAUUGCUAGGCUUAGAGACUUUGUAUCUCAAGCCAAGAGCAAGUAUGAGUUGAGGAAAGUAGGAGCAGAGUUCAAAUGGUUGCUUGUGAAAGUUGACAAGGAUCAGUCUUCGCCUGGGAAAAGGAAACGGGAAUGUUCUGUAGAGACUUUGAAAUGGUUAAGCGAGGCUGCCAAGGAUCCAUGUGACACAUCUAAUGCUUCUUUGCCGGAUAGAUCAAAGUGGGAUUCUUAUGGAAGUGAAGAGCCUUGGAAACAGCUUCUUCUGUUUAGGGACUCAAGAACAAACACUGAUUCGGCUUGUGAAAAGAUUUGGCAGAGGUUGUCCUUGGUGUGUGAUUGA